AUGCAGUUUCCCUACACCUCUUCGACUGCCAACUCCAUUUCUAGCGCCGCCUCCCUACCCCCACAUCCGUACCAUCGCUCCGGCCACCCUACAUCAUCGCCCACCGACGGCGUAGCCAAGUGUUCUGCUGUUCGCCGCCUGAUAUUGGUCCUGGUUUCUAUGUUCAUCAUAUUCAGCUGUAUCAUCUCGAUAGCAUGGCUUAUCCUAAAACCCAAAACUCCCCUUUUCAAAGUUGAUUCCCUCAACGUCUCCAAUUUUGUUGUCUCUGAAUCACAACAGAUCAUAAGGGGAAGGUUUGGCAUCGUAAUCCUCAUGACUAAUCCCAACAAGAAAAUAAACUUGUACUUUGACAAUUUCGAUGCAUCUGUGGUUUACCGGAAAACCCCUCUUUCUAUGACUUCGAUUAAACCUCUCUCUUUGGAGAAGAUGGAACGAACAAGCUUAACUGCCGAGCUAAAACCCAAUUCGCAUCGCUGUCUGAAGGGAGAGGAGUUGAAGGACCUUGGCGGGAAGUUAAGGCGUGGGUGGGUUGACUUUGACGUGAACAUGGGGGUUUCAACAACGUUUAGAGCUGGAAAUUGGCUUAGCAUGAGAAGAUCAAUGGCUGUUAAUUGCAAGAACCUCAAGGUUAUCUUCUCAUCUUCUUCUAAAUCAACUGGAAUGCUCGAAGAUCAAAUCAUAGAAAAUUGCGUGGGUGUUUAA